CAAAUCCAAUGUAUUUGUCACGUUGUUGUCAUUUUGUGCGUUUACAAAACUUUUUAUUCAAAAAUUUAUUUUGCUAUAAUAAUUGCUCUUUACAUAAUUUUUAUAAGAGAACAUGAAUACCGAAGGACUCCCUAAAUUGCCAGGACUCGAUUUUGAAAAUCGAUUCAAGACCAAUUAUCGCGUUCCGCAAACUUUCAAUCUGGUAAACGGAUAUGCCAUUCCGAAAUCUCCUAUUCCAGGAAUCGGGGACGAUCCACCACCAGAGCAGUCUAUAGCAUUCCCAAAGUCUGAUAAUGUCGCUAUGUAUGAUCCUGUGCUUACAUACGGUAGACUAAGGAGACCAAAAGUGAAGCCCUUCCUGCCAAAAUAUGUCCUUUAUGACAAAAAAGCUUUAACUUUCAAAGCUUUCUUCAAACAAAGCGUACCUGAGUCGCCAUUAGAGCAUUAUCGAGUUCGGCAUGUUAAUAUUAUCUACUUCCUGGAGGACGAUUCUAUCACAGUAAUGGAACCGGAGGUGGUUAACAGCGGCAUACCACAAGGACGUCUAAUCCGUCGAGGGAAAAUACCAAAAAAUGCAAAUGGCGAUUACUAUUCAUGGAAGGACUUUAACAUCGGAAUGGAUAUUGAAAUGAAUGGAAUUGUUUUCCAUACAACUGACUGCGAUAAUUACACAAAAGAAUUUCUCGUAAGCCAAGGGAUAGAACUGAAUGAACCGGAGGUACCACCAGUUGAUCCUGUGACUGCCCAAAGGAAAAUCGAUUAUAUUAAUAAAAUGAAUAAGACUCCUUCGGAUGACGAUAAAUUGAGGAGGUUUUUGGAAUUCCAAGGAAAGAUUUUGAAGUUUGACUGUAUCCUGGAUGAGACCGAUCAGGAAUGCGGUGGAACCAUGACGUACCAAUUGUUCUACUUUUUGCAGGAUGACACUGUUUCUAUUAAAGAACUACCAGAAAAUCAGGAAGGACGUGACCAUUUUCCGAUGCUGCUAAGGAAGACUAAAUUGCCAAAGAACUGGAAGGCGAAACCAAUAAAUUUCCCGUCCAUAUAUCUUGAGCUGAGUGACAAUGAAGUCACCGAAUACUAUCAGCCAAAAGAUUUCCGUAUCGGCGAAACAAUCUACGUAUAUGGAAGACGCUUCCUCCUCCUGGACUGUGAUAAAUUCACCAGACAAUACUUCCGAGAUGUCCUCAAGCAGCCGCAGGGAGACCGUCUCACCAUCACGUAUCCUCCAAAGCGGACCAGCAAACGGCCCAUCCCCGAAUACUUAGGAAUCGGAACGCCAGAAGAUUCACUUACAUCAUGCUUCGGAUUAGUGCCGAAGCCGCCGAAAAAGGAUAUUGUUAAAUAUUUACUAAACACUAACAAGUUUUUGCGUUUCGGAUGCGUGCUGGAUUCCGCUCAUCCGGAGGACUCGAUACGAAAAUUCGUUCUCAGUUAUUCGCUGGCCGACGAUACAAUUUUAAUAAAUGAGCCGCAAAUCAAAAAUUCCGGCAUUAUUGGAGGCAGAUUCCUUGCGCCGCAACGGGUCAAGGUUCCCGGAUGUAAUCCGAAUAUGCCAGUUUAUUACGGCCCCAAGGACUUUGGAAUAGGGGAAAUUUUAAAGAUAAACGAUCAUCGCUUCAAAAUCGUCAGCGCUGAUCGAUUUGUCUAUCAAUACAUGAAGGAGCACCGAGAAAUGUUUAGUGACGAACAAGUGGAAGGUGUCCGCAAUCACCUACUCCUAGAAGGCCACCUUAAAGACGAAGUGAAGUACGCCAUGGACUAUGUAAGGAAUCUUGAUGAAGAAGGAGCGAGAAAUAUGCACGGCCCUUCAAACGAACUGCAAUCAACCGAGCUCAAACCAGACGAUUGCACGCCUGCUCCGCAACCAGAUCCCGCUGUGGGCGUCGAUGCUGGCUUCCACCAAGACGAUGCCUACAUCAAAAGAUCGAAAGACGGAACAUGCCCCUACGAAAUAAGACCGACUCCCCAGGAACACUUGACCAAACCAUGUCCGCCGGCCGACGACCAAGAAAAUCUCUUAAAACGCCUCGGCCAGGGAGACGGGAACUAAUAGUGACACCUUCGAGUGAAGACUAGCGAAAUUGCAGACAUAAAUGAGUGAAUUCUAUUUGAUCAAGACAAUUCCUUUCUUACC